AAUUUUGGUGAAAAAAUGUUGCUGCUUCAGUGCAGAAAUGGAGCCUCUUUUUCUAAGCUACAUAACUUGGUACCAAAUGGAAAAAUGAAGAUUCUCCUGGUCUUUCUAGGUCUGCUUGGUAAUUCUGCUGCUAUGCCAAUGCACAUGCCCCGAAUGCCUGGAUUUAGCAGUAAAAGUGAGGAGAUGAUGCGUUAUGGUCAGUUCAACUUUAUGAACUCCCCAUAUAUGACACCUAUGGGCCCUUAUGGAAAUGGUAUGCAAUUCCCUCAGCAGUUCCCACAGUAUCAGAUGCCCAUGUGGCCUCACCCACCACCUAGCGCAUGGCAGAACCCUCCAGCACCGAAACACCAGAGCAACACCGAUCAAACUCAAGAAACUCAAAAACCCAACCAGACUCAACCAAAAAAGCCACCACAAAUGCAGCCUUUAACACCACCACCACAUGACCCAAAUCAAGCCAAAGAGGAGGCCCAGCCACCUCAGCCAUUCCCACCAUUCAGCAAUGGGUUAUUUCCCUUUCAACAACCACCAUGGCCAAUACCACAGAGGGUACCACCACCAGGUUUUGGACGUCCACCACUCAGCAAUGAAGACGGAGGGAAUCCUUAUUUUGGAUAUUUUGGAUAUCAUGGCUUUGGGGGUCGUCCUUAUUAUUCAGAAGAGAUGUUUGAUGAUUAUGAAAAGCCUAAAGAAAAAGAUCCUCCUAAAACAGAAGAUCCUCCACCCACAGAGCCCUCAGCUAAUGCAACAGUUACUGAAACUAAUUCUACUCAACCAAAUGACACUAGCACAACAGGAAACAGUGCUCCUGGACGUAACACUGGGAGCAAUCCUACAGGUCAAAAUAGGGUCCUCCAGCCACCUGUGGUUAAUGUUUCAGGCCAGGGAGUUCCCAGAAAUCAAAUUCCAUGGAGACCAAGUCAGCCAAAUAUUUAUGAAAAUUAUCCAAAUCCUAAUAUUCGAAAUUUUCCUUCAGGAAGACAAUGGCAUCCCACUGGUACUGUCACGGGGCAUAGACAGAAUGGGCCUAUUUAUCGAAAUCGACAAGUUCAAAGGGGUCCCCAAUGGAAUUCCUUUGCUUGGGAAGGCAAACAAGCAGCUCAUCCAGGAAAUCCAACUUUUCGCAAGGCUUACUCUCCAAUUUCAAGGGUCAACUAUGCAGGAAAUCCAGCAAACUUCCAAAGAAAACCUCAGGGGCCAAAUAAACACCUGGUGGGAACCAAUGUUGCUUCAUUGGGUCCCAAACAGGGUACUGUUGGUCACAAUGAAAAAAUACAAAAUCCAAAGGAAAAGUUGCCAGGUCAAAAAGAAAGAAUAGUCAAUCCUACAAAGGAUCCAGUUGGCCCCUGGAGAAAUUCUCAACAUUAUGGAGUUAAUAAACCAAAUUAUAAAUUGCCUCACCCUGCAGGUACCAUGCUAGGCCCAAAUUUUAAUUCUAUUGAUCAACAUGAAAAUUCCUAUUACCCAAGAGGAGAUUCCAGAAGAGUACCAAGUUCCAAUGUACAAACCCAAAGCCAGCAUUUGCCCAAGGGAAUUGCUUUAGAACCAAGAAGAAUCCCAUAUGAAUCACAAACUAAACAGCCUGAAUUAAAGCACAGUACACAUCAGCCUAUCUACCCUGUGGAAAUUCCUUCUCCUACAAGAGAAUAUUUUCCUGCUAGAAGAAAUACCUGGAACCACCAAAAAAUCCCUCCACCCUUUAAGGAAGUUUCUGAGAAGCAGGAAGAACAUUUACCUCAUCCAACCCAUGGCUCUAGGGGAAACAUUUUCUACCAUGAAUAUAACCCCUAUUAUCAGAGGGAAAACUCACCAUACAUUAGAAGCAAUACAUGGGAUGAGAGAGUUAAUUCUCCCACCCCUAUGAGGCAACCUGAAAAUCCACAGUACCCCAUGAAUGCUCCAGAUCAGAAAGAGACAGUCAAUUAUAAUGAAGAGGACCCAAUUGAUCCAACUGGAGAUGAAUCUUUUCCAGGACAAAGUAAAUGGGGUGAAGAAGAGUUAAGCUUUAAAGGAAGCCCAACAGUUAGGCCCUUUGAAGGUGAGCAAUAUGCCUCAAAUCAACCAAAGGAAUAUUUUCCCUAUUCCUUAGAUAAUCCAUCAAAACCUACGGAAGAUUUUCCUUACGGUGAAUUUUAUCCCUGGAGCCCAGAGGAGACUUUUCCAUCAUACAAUCCAGGUCCUACUAUAUCACCACCUGUGGAUAACAGGGGUUAUUAUUCUAAUAAUGCUGUCGGACAAGAAGAAAGCACUCUCUUUCCUUCAUGGAACUCCUGGGAUCACAGAAUUCAAACCCAAGAGCAGAAAGAAAGAGAAUCAUAUUUUAAUAGAAAUGUCUGGGAUCAGUCAACAAAUUUAUACAAAGCUAAUCUACCAGACCAGAAAGAGAACCAUCUGUAUUCCAGUAACUCCCCAGCUGGACUUCAGAAAAAUCCAACAUGGCAUGAAGGUGAGAAUUUGAACUAUGACGUGCAAAGUACUAGGUUAAAUUCACCAGAAAGAGAACAUUUCAUUUUCUCAGACUUAAUUCUUCAAAGUUAUCCACCAGGUCAAAAUGAAGCACACUUAUUUCACCAAAGCCAGAGAGGUUCUUGCUGUGUUGGUGGCUCCACAGGGCCCAAAGACAACCCACUGGCUCUACAAGACUACACUCCAUCCUAUGGUCUUGCACCAGGGGAGAACCAAGACACCAACCCUAUGUAUACGGAAAGUAGUGAUAUCAAGUAUACAAUACCUAUUGUCUCCCCAACAAGCAUCCUACCUGAUCAAAGAAACAAUUCAAAGAAGAAAAUGCCCAGAGAAAGCCAAAACCCAAAUCCUUUCAGAGAUGAUGCAUCCACUAUGAGAAGGAACACACCGUGUUUUAUAAAGAAAAAACUGGAACAAAUGGGAAUUAUGUCCUUUCCUGAAACUAGCUCUCCUCAAUCAAAGAAUACACUUUGUCUCAAAAGUGAUUUUGAAGGAGAUGGGAAAAAUGUUCUAGAACAAAUUUUUGAAGGCAACCAGAUCAAUGAAAGAACUGUUGACCUUACUCCUGAGCAGCUUAUUAUUGAUACACCUGAUGAAGGCCCCAAGCCAGAAGGCAACCAAAAUGAAGUCCAAAGAAAUGAGGGUGAGAGGCAGCAGCAAAGACCACCAAGUAUCUUGCAGUUUCCAUGCUUCAGCUCCAAAUCAGCAAAGCUUCAUUCUUCUAGCACUGGAACUCCAUCAAGCAAUAGAAAGCAAGGCCCAUUUGAUGGUGAUCUAUCUACGCCUACUGAAAAUCCUAACACAGUGGUUGGGUUAGCUACUGGAGAACAAUUUAAGAGUACAAAUAUAGACCAACUUAAUGCAAAUGAACAAACUCCAUUUGAAUCAUUUCAAACAGGGAACAAUCUACAGGACCAGGCACAAGACUGCUUACUAAUACAGGCUUAG